AUUUUCCCACGGUGUUACAACAGAGAAAAAGCGAGCGUAACAAUGGUGCACAAAGUUAUAUAAUAAUAUGUAACGACUUGAGAAAAUUCUCUAAAUUGUGCGACCCAUUUAGAUGAAAAUCUUGCAACAAUGCAACUUAAUUAAUUAAUUUACACACAUGAUUGGCGCUGUAACACUUAAUUCGAGUAAUUUAAUUGCAAAUUUUUUAUAUCUUAAAUUAAUUUUGCUGUCAAAUGACGACUUUAUUAAUAGCUAUCGCAACCAUCUCUUGAAUAAUUUAGCGGUGUUGCAUAAUGAGCCUUGAGAUUCCACACUCCCGGAUUUAUUUUUUUUCAGGCCUUUUGGGCUUCUCCUGCGCCCAAUUUUUGAACAACCGCCCUUUCCCGACCUACAGUCUGGAGAACAUGCCUGAUACGGAGUUUUCCUGCCGUGAUAAAAUCCUCGGGGGCUAUUACGCCGAUGUGGACACCAUGUGCCAAAUGUUCCACAUUUGCGUCAAAGUGGCCGGAGUUGGGAUUCAAGAUUUUCGGUUUUUGUGUCCCAAUGGGACGGCUUUCGACCAAGAUCACCAGAUUUGCGCCGAAUGGGAGGACGUGGACUGUGAUGCUUCCACUUUGUAUUAUUCUAGCGACAAUUUUGACCUUUACCGCAUCGGAUCAGGUUUUGAAUCAAAAGCGGUGAAGUAUGGGGAAGAUGAAGAAACGUUUGCGUUGCAAAGAGCUGAAACUGGUGACGCGAGACUCAAUCGGGAACAUCAAGCCCAGAGGGUUAAUCAGCAAAAGGAACAAGCCUUCAGGAAAAACAGACCCCAAAACAACAACAACAACAACAACGACAGGGAAAUUUUCAAAGGGUCAAGUAGCUCGAAUUUCUUCAAUAAUAGAAACGGCGGAAAAGAAACUGACGACGAUUAUGACGAUAACAUCAACGCCAAUCAGAACAACGACAACUUCCAGAAGAAGAAGCUGUUGAGGAAACAACACCGAAGACCAGCACAAAACGACAACCAACAAAAUCGCAGACCGCAACAACAAAAUGAUUUCCAGGGUCGGCCACAACAGCAACAAAACAACAAUCAACAGCAACAACAAAACAGACCCCGAAACAACAACCAACAGCAGCAACAAAAUAACAGGCCCCAAAACAACCAACAACAGCAACAACAAAACAUUAGGCCCCAAAACAACCAACAACAGCAACAACAAAAUAUUAGGUCUCAAAACAAUAAUUACCCUAAUACUAACCAACAACAAAAUAACAGGCCUCAAAACAACAAUCAACAGCAACAACAAAACAAUAGGCCUCAAAACAAUAACCAACAACAGCAACAAAAUAGUAGGCCACAACAACAACAACCAAACAACUACCAGCAACAAAAUAAUAGAGCUCAAAACAACAAUAACCAACAGCAGCAACAAAAUCAACAACAACAAUACGUCGAGGCCCAGACCUACAGGCCUAACCGUCCGACCGGCUUUGCCAACAACUUUGCAGGGAGUAGUUACGUGCCUACAACAACCCGGCCUACAACGACAACUUUCCCCGAAACGGUGAAGCCCAGAAAUGGGCAAAGACAGUACAACAAUGCUGAUAAUUUCAGACAGAAUCAAAAUUCUCCGACUCCUUCUUACACAUUGAGUACUCCGGCUCCGUUUAAGCAGACCCAACAGUACAACAGUCCUCCAAAUAGACAAACAACACAAAACAACAACAACAACGGCCAGUACAACCCAACGACUCAAGUACCGCAAAAGGAAACUGAGAAUUACCCCGUGAAUUUUCCGAAACAGAAUUACAACAAACCGACUGAGAAUUACCCUCAGAGAAAUCAAGCCCCCAGAAAUAACAACAACAACAACAACCAGUUUAAUAGUAAACCGACGGAAGUGAACAACCGGAAUCAAUACACGACUCAAGUACCGAAAGUUACCCAAUAUAAUACCCACUACGACGUUCCUAAAAUAAAACCAACGAAACAGAAUGACAAUUACCCAACCACCCAAAUCAAGAAUGAUUAUUCAACCCAAUUCAACAAAAAACCAACAACACCAUUCAAACAAAACGACAAUUACCCCACAACUUUUGCCCCGAAAUUCAACAACAACAACAAUUUCCCCUCGACGUUUGCCCCACGUACCAACAACGCCUACACCCAAAUUUCCCAACAGACAACUUUCUACAAUUCGAACAACAACAAUCAUCAACAACAACACAGCACGCCGAGAACAACCCCAUUCACACAAUACACCCCAACAGUGCCCAAAAUCACCUCAACUACCCCUGUUGCGAGAUCGAACCGUUUCGAUGAAACGCAAUACGACGAUGGCUCCUACAACCCCAAAUAUGACCGGAAUGAGGACGAGUUUUUGAAAACAGCCCAUAGUCAAAACAUUGCUAGCAGUCGAAAUGAGUACUCAAAAUCGACCAAAAACGCACAACAAUCAACGCAAAAACCUCAAUAUGAGUCGCCGAGACCCUUCUCCGUGAGCCCAAAUACCCCGAAAGCGACAGAUUUUCCCAAAUCGACCCCAAAACCGGUCAAAAAAGUUAAAGAUGUGAGCUACGAUUAUGCCUACUAUGACACGAAUGUGGGCAGUGAGCCCGAAUAUGAGAUUGAUACCGAAAUUAAGAAAGCAAAUGUAAAAAAUUAGGGUAGUUUUAAGUUAGUUGUUUGUUUUUUAAGUCUGUUUUAAUUUUAUUGUACGCAGUGAACAGUAUUUUUGUAUCGACCAGAUGAAAAUUCGUAACUUUAUUCUAAUCUAAGGUUGUACAUAUUGUAUUAUUUUAUUAACUGAGUAAAGUACUGUUAUAUAAAACUGAAA